CUCGCAUCGACGGCAGAGGGCUCCUUUCUCCUCAAGCAUCGAGAUUCCGGCGAUGACGCAGUCAACGGCGGCAACCAUCCAACGGAUGUCGUCGAUCGAUAGGGAGCCACGGACGCUCCACGUCCAUCAGAUGAGGCGCGCUCGGGAAGAAGCACUGCGUGUUAUACAGACCAAGAGUUCGGAGGAAGCAGUCAGGAUUUUCACAGAGGGUUUAUUGCCGGUGGGGCCGAUUGCGGAAAAUGAGAAGAAAAAGAAGAAGAACAAGAAGAAGGACAGACAUAUGAGAAUAUACGAGCUGGGCACCAUCACCGACAGCGUCUAACAAGCGACAGACGCACCAGCAACAGGAAAAGGGGAAGAAGAAGAAGAAAAAACAGAUUCAAGGGUUUGCCUUCUUCACGCACCAGCAACAGGAAAAGGGGAAGAAGAAGAAGAAAAAACAGAUUCAAGGGUUUGCCUUCUUCACGCACCAGCAACAGGAAAAGGGGAAGAAGAAGAAGAAAAAACAGAUUCAAGGGUUUGCCUGGAGAUGCCACUGGUGAACUUGCUGCACAGACACAGACGCACGCCAUUCCGCUGCACCGAUAAAAAGUAUAUAGUAGAUGCAAGAGGUCUAGUGUUAGGUUGGUCACCAUGAGAAAAGUUAUACAGAUGGAAGAGAUCCUAGUUAGGUUGGAGCCUGAUUGGAUCUAGUACAAUAAAAGUGUUACAACCUUUAUAGAUCCGAUCCUUUCGGAAAUACAGACGGAAACGGCAUGUAAAUAUGUAGAGAUAGUGAGUGCCCUACAUCGGUAGUUAGAUUUUAUUUAUUUUCUUCAUAGAACAUGGCUUAUUUUGUAAGCUUUUUUUUUUUGAGAGCAUGUAAAUUGGAAUUUCGCAUGUUACAAGAUUGAAUAUAUUGCUCAUCCUUCCCGUGGUGUCUCUACCAAUGUCACCGGAAUUGCCAGAUUAAUUUGAAUCA